CAUGGUACGACCCCAUUUUAACAUGGCGACCCCCUUGUUUCCUUCGUUGAAUACCAACCACGAGUCUUUAUAAUUGACGUUUUCAUCCUACGUUCCCCUCAAGUCUCCGAUGUUGACAGGAACCCUGUUUUGUUGAUGUACUGUAAUGUAAUGUGUGAUCCUCUAAAAAGAUCGACCGGUAGAAGAGCCCAUGGCACACUGUCGUUCAUGCUACUACAAGUAUGGUAAAAACAGAGGACUUCUCAUCGAUGGCGGACAGCUGGAGAGACGUGUUUGAGAGGGGACGUUUGAUUCCCCCGCCGGGGCAGAUGGUGCGCCAGGCUGUGGACAGCCACCUCACUCAGUCCCGCGGCGUUCAACUCACCCUAAGUCGGCUCACGGCGGCGCACCGACCCAAGGAGACCGCAGAGGCUGAACCAGAUGCCACUUACCAGCUGCGAGUGACAUUCUUUGACAGAAAUCAUCAAUACUUCUUUGGGAGAACAUGGAAGAGCAGCCCGCAGAAGAUGAAAAACAAUAAGAUGACCCUCAAUGAGAUAUUGUACUUCCACACAUCUCUGAGGUUGCCCAGCAACGUGUUGGUUUUGGAGCUGGUGGCAUUGUCAACAAGGUCAGAUGGCUCAGAACAAGCCCUCGGGCAAGGCUUCACUGUUUUGGAUCUUUUCCCCAACAAGACAGAGCCUCAAGGGGACAGAAGAUUGAAUCUACUUCAUGGGUCACCAAGAGUUCUUUUACACCCACUGCUGAAGGAUAUCGUUGACUACAGUGAUCAUCUGAAAGCUAUUAAUGAGACACAUUUGGAAUGUGUGCUAAAAGGACACCCUGCACUGGCUUCUAUGAUGCACCUCCUUCCAGAGAAUGUCCUCGUGUCAAGCAGUGAGAACAUUCCUGGACUUUCACCUUCUCCAAGAGGGGAUGCACUCUUGAAACCUAUGUUGCUCAAGAUGCUACCCUUCACCCUGAGCAGAUUGACAAUCAGCCUCCAGCCAUCCCUCGAGGCCUUCGAGAGUCAGCUGCUGCAGCUCAUCAAUGCCGACUGCCAGAACACGCAACAGUCGAGCCAAGAGAGCUCACUCAAGACGGUUGUCAUCCAGGAAAGAAGGCUUCAUGUUGGGGUUCACAACGGCUGGUGUUUCAUUGAUACACCCCAAAUAAUGGUGCUAGAGCCCUUAUGCUCAGGGGUCAAAGGACGAGUGGACAGCGUCUCCAAACAUAAUAGCCAGACCAAAGACAGCUCGGCAGGAUCACUGGCCCCCCAGACGCUCGGCCUUCGCAGCAACUUGGAGAUCAGGCUGAUCAAUCACCAAGCUAUAGCAGUUGUCUUUCAGCUGGAGUAUGUCUUCUCUGCUCCAAUUGUCCGAGAGACAAUGCUGUCUGCCACAUCAACAUCCCGGGCAGCAUUCCUGCAGUGCCUCCGUUGGGCGAUGUUGUGCCCAUUCCACGAGCAGCCAAACUGGAAGGGGGAAGAGACAGAACUGGUACUACAAGGGGGUUCAAAGCCAAACCCUCUUGGACUCAUGGUUUACAACUCGGCCACAACUGAGAGCGCUGCACCACUCUCAACUUCAGGCACAGUUCAGGAUAUGAUCAAAUUUCGGCUGUCCCCCAGUUCAGAAAAAACGACAUCCAGUCCAAAGACGUCUGUGAGAACAAAGUUGGACGAUGGAUCACGUCAGGGACGUUCAUCUUCAUCGCCCACUCAAAGUCAAAAUGACAUCCACGAGGUUUUUUCUCCAGAAUCACCAUGGGGCCCUAAGCUAUCACUGUCUCAACUGACAGCUACCUCACACUCCCCGACCAUGAGCAAUUCCAGCUCAGAGUUGCCAUGGCAACAGUCGUUUCCUUCUCUUCACCAGCCUUCCCUAACGGCGCCGGUCCAGUGGCCAUCACAUGCUCCAAGAUCUCCUUCCCUCCGCGUUCACAGACAUGCACAAAACACACAUACGGAGGUCGGCUCAGUUGUCAGCAGUGUUCCGCACCUAGAGAUGGAUAUUCAGCCGGAGAGGGAUAAGACCCAUUUACUUAAACAUGAGGAUGACCAACUUCAGGAGCUCCCGUUCACUCCUGUCCAUGCCCCUGUCAUCACAGUGGGUGUGACUACACCAAGCUUGUCCACAGUCAGUUCGAGGAGUUCACUGGCCCACCUCUACUCUGCUGGCUUUCCUAACAUUGUGGAUUCGAGAGGGCAGGUGGCAGAAGUCUUGGAUGCCACAGAGCCAGUGCCCUUUGAUCCACACCGUGAAGAAAUGGAUCCUCUGCGGGAGAAUCUUUUGGUCUUCCAAUUUCUUGCAUUUACAAGGAUGCCAGUGGUGGGGAUUGGUCCUGAAUGGCCAGCCAACAUCUACUUCACCUUCCAGUUCUACCGUUUUCCACCAGUCACAUCACAGCAGCUUCGACUGCUCAACAGUGACAAAGUGCAGCAGAAAGAAAGCGAGCCGCUUCCUUGUGUUCUAACCUCCAUCAAUAAUGACAGCUCUGUCAACUCUGAUUCACCUGGGCUGCAGGUACAGUUCAGAGUUGAUGACAGUUUUCUAAAGCCAGGAGAGAAGCAUUGGUUCCUGCGCUACCUGGCCCUUCACACCAUGCAUGUUGACAUUUGGGACAGUGAGUCAUUGCUGCUCAUAGGUUCAACAGCUAUUGAGCUCAAGUAUAUGUUGCGGCAUGGCAAAAUGGCCGUGCAAGCACUCCAUGAGCUGGAGGUUCUGACUACCGACUAUGUCGGAGAGGAAACCUUGCAGACAGGCGACCCCUCCAACAACCCCUCCACCAUCGUCAGAGGUCGGCUGCAUGUUCGCACUGGAAACAUUGGCGGCUCCCAAGCAAAUCUGAGUAGAAGGACAACAGACCGCUUACAGUCUCAUUCUCACAUCAUCAUCCCUCAUGAGGUCACUGGUGGCUUUGCAGGGGGUAGCCUCUCUACCAGGAAUAUUCUCCAACUUAACGUGAAGAACACCGCACAGGCCCAAAGACUGCAGGUACAAGAGGAGCAUGGGCCAGCGUACAGAGGUGGGAUCAACAACAGCACCAGCUUUUCUUGGGAAAAGAGCAAGCUUGAGAGUGGCCAUCGCAAGCUGCAGUGUAUGGCCGCCGUGCACCAGAAGGAGGGCAAGAAGGAUGCUGAUAAAAUGACUCAUGAUGAGACUAAAGACAUUCCUUUGACCAUACAACCUUCUUCGAGCACCUUCUUUGAAGACAUCAGCAAGGCAGAGGGCAUCAGCAACAUGCUUUGCCAUGCUAUCACAACCCCGCAUCAACUUUUCGCCAGCCUGGGCUCUGCCGAGUACAUGGAAUUUGUCCUUAAAAACCCUUUCAACUCGCCUCAGACAGUCACCAUCCACAUCAAUGAUCCUGAGCUCAGUGUCAUCACUAACACAAAAGAGUGGCAGUACUUCAAAGAACUUACUAAAACACCUUCUUUGCUGGAGGAGGACAUGUUCCACUUGGAGGAAGGAGCUCUGGGACCAAAGGUUUACCUACGACCUAAGGAGAGCGUUCAUAUACCGCUAAAAUACCAGAGCUUCCUGUGUGACCAUAACAUGAGUAGUACUCAGCAGGGGCCGAGCUUUCUACCUCCGAGCAAAAGUUCUAAUGUGGCGAAGAAGAUUGUGUCCAAUAUGGUUGCUGCCAAAACCAUCAAGGUUUCAUUCAAAGCAGAAAAUGGUGAUCCAAUCGCUGUCUGCCAGGUGAUCGUGGAGCCAUCGCCUCACAUUGUGGACCAAACAUUCCGACUUUACCACCCAGAACUCACUUUCCUCAAGAAGGCCAUCCGCUUGCCACCUUGGCAUGCACUCACUGCAGUUGGAGACAUGAAUGCUGAGGCUAAUAUUUCUGUACGCUGCAGUGACCCAAACAUCAUCUGUCAGACCCGGAUGCUGGCGCCAGGAGAGCCUCAGGAUGUGCACUUGAAGGUACCUGGAAGUCCGAGUCCCAACAUCAAAAUGUUCUUUGUUAUGAUUUUCGCUGAUAAGUGGAUGGCUGCCCCUUCGCAGAUCUGGCAGAUUUAUGUGCAUUUCAUGGAGCGGGUUGAUGUCAGUUGUAUCACUGGCCAACAGAGUUGUCAAUCACUGGUGCUGAGGGGGAGGCAGGCUGCUCGCAAGGUCAAGUGUUUCUCAUCACAUCCCCAGGAGAUUGAGGUCAAGCCUGGAGGUGUUUUCAUGUUGCCACCUGCAGGAGUGCAAGAGCUUCAGUUGAAGGUGCAGCCAUGGCGGGCAGGCAGUCGCUUCCUGUAUGUGAACGCGGUGGACGUGGAGCAGACGCAGUUAGUGACCGCUUGGCUCCUGUGCCUCAAUGUCCACAGGCCUGUGCUGUCCAAGGCGUUUGAAGUGUGCGUCCCAGUUAGCAGUGGUCGGGGCAGCUCCAAAAAAAUCACCUACGUUAACCCUUACACCAGCAGCCGCACCUUCCUGCUCCAUUCUGACCAUCCGGAUUUGCUCCAGUUCAAAGAGGAUAAAUUCCAGCUUGAUGGGGGAGAGAGUUACACCAUCGGACUGCGCUUCGCCCCCAGCCAGAGUGCAGGUUCAGUGGAGAUACUGGUCUACGUGAACAACCUGGAGGAGAAGACUGAGGAGACGUUCUGCGUGAAGGUCAAUUACUUUUGAAUCAGUGGAUGUGAUAUGUGUCUGAUUCAGUUUUUCUACCUAAAAUAUAUAAUUUUGUACUUGUAAGAGCCUUUGAUUUCUAUUUUGUAUUUUUGAUAAUUAGCCUAUGAGUUGCUGUAUGAAUGCCCACGAGUGGGAUUUAUUUUUGUGCUGAUCUAACGAGCCUGCCUGAAAUAAAUCAACCCUUGACAAACAAAACUUAA